AUGUCCCAGGGCAGAUGUUCCAACUGCGUUUACCAUGGUACACCGCAUUCGCAGUGCAAGCCAAGCACCAAGGCUUUCGAGUACCACCUCUACGAUCAGGCAUACAAUGCUCCGGAUUCGAAGCUGCGUCAACCGAAGGCUAGAAAGCAACCGAACCUGCCGCCACCAGGUUAUGGCUUGCUGCCGAAUGGCCCAGCUCCGUUGCUACCACCAGAGCUGGUGCAUGACCCCUUCAGAUAUCUUGCAGUGCCUCCGAAUUACGAGGAUAACAGCACGGAGAUGUCGGACGCCCCGGUGCCAUACGGUAUUGCCCACUCUACUGGCAUGACGCCUCCUCCAAAUGCUCCAGGCAACCCGAAUUUCGACUUCAGCUUCGGCUACCCAUCGCCGGCACCGAUACCUGCGACAGUUCGUUCGCGUUACACGCCCGGCUCUUACAGCAUGCCCGGUCCAUAUAGCACGCCCACGUCGUACUACACCCACGACUCCUCCUACAGGACUGGUCCUUCUUACAUGGGCGGUCCUUCGUAUGCCCCGGGUCCUUCAUAUGUGCCGGGCGCUUCCUACACGCCCUAUGCGCCAGGUUCAUCAUACACGCCAGAUCCUUGCUAUGCGCCUGGUCCUUCAUACGGGAGUGGUCGUGGAUACUCAAGAGGUCGCGGAUACUCAAGAGGCCGUGGAUAUGGAAAUGGUCGUGGAUAUGUGAGGGGAUCAUCUUACCCGAAUGCUCCAUCGUACAGGCCCGGUCGCGCUGGCUAUGGAAAUGGCAUUCCCGGUUCUUACGGUCCACCACACCCGAUCCACGGCCCAUACUAUGGCAAUAGACAUGGCGGUUACAUCUACCAGCCGCCCUCAAUGCCAGGCCACUACACUCAGCCAUACUUGGCAGCCCAGACUGUGCAUCACCAGUGGUAUGAGGCCGAGCAGGACACUGAAGAUGGCGAUUCCUCCACAACCUCUUCUUCAUCGCCCUCAUCGCCGACGACAGAAGAAGCAACGUCAUCAAGCUCUUCUGAGGAGGAGCAGACUCCCGUCCGCUCCAACAAGAGGACGAUGAAGGAUUCCACCGCGCCUGACAGUUCCAAGGCUCAGUGGGUACAGUCUUCAGCACCGCAACAAGAAACCUCUGCUGGCGAUGGGCGACCUUCAGCUCGUUCCCGCCCACUGAAGCGCCGACUGUCUCAGAUGGACCCCGGAGCUGAGAUGGAGAAGGAAGACAAGCCGUCCAGGGUCAGAGUCAAGAAGGAGGAGCCAUCUCAGGAUGCAGACGUUGAGAUCAAGAAGGAGGAGCUGUAUGAGUAGACGACAUACAGGUGUCGAAGGGGCCGGCCGUUCUCGAGACGAUUCGUUUGGAAGAUUAGCCUCGAAUCAGAGUUGCACUACUCUCAGUGUAGGUAGUUCUGGUGUUGGCUCGAAACCAUCGUGUCUGCCGUCUUUCUGUCUCAUUCCUUUUCGCUAUGCUUGUUUAUGGUCUUUUGCCUUCGGUAUUGCUUGAGGUAUUACUUGCGUUACGCGGUUCCUCAUACUGGGGUUCUGUUCCCGCGAUUCGUCGUACGCGUCCAUUCUUGAGAGCAGGUGUAUCUCACGGUGGCCACAGAAUAGCUUGGAACAGUGUUGUGCAAUGCAGAAGGCUGAAAUGGCCAACUCAAGCAGGCCUGAUGUCGGCUACGGGUAUGUUCCUGGCCUGACCUGUCUGCGAACCGAGGAGCAACAAGCACAUACCUCCUACGAGACACACUCCGCAGCGCAUGCCAGCAUACGCUGAAGCUAAGCAACGCUCAUUCUGCCACCAAUACCCUCGCCCUUCUUCGCUCGCAUGAUAGUUCUUCCUGGAGGCUUCCGAGCAAUUUCUUCCAAGACAUAUCGCAUGCCGAGAC